AUGGCCACCAAACAUCUGCUUCUGCUUGCUUCGGCAUUGAUAUCCAGCGUCAAAGCCGCAGAGGAUCCCAUUUGCCCGGACUACAUCAAGUACGCCGGACAGCAACACGGCCCAUUCAGCGAGGGACGCUUCAACCUCUCCUCCCAACGGCCUGUCACGAGAUGUCGCACCUUCAACUCCUCAGUCGUAGAGUCGAAGAUCGAAGAGGUCUCCUCUAAGAUUGCGGACCCAGACUUGAGGAGACUCUUUGAGAAUACUUUCCCCAACACACUGGACACGGCCGUCAAGUGGAAGGGUCUAGCGGACGGCACAGAUGAGGAGCUAACGUUCCUCAUCACAGGAGACAUCAACGCAAUGUGGCUAAGAGACAGUGCCAACCAGGUACAGUCUUACCUACCACUUCUAGAGGCAUCUUCCUCUCCAGACUCCUUGGCCUCGCUAUACCGUGGAGUUAUCAACCUGCAAUCUCGUUAUCUUCUGACGGAUCCAUACUGUAACAGCUUUCAACCUCCCACUGAGAGUGGACUGCCGCCUUCCUGGAACGAGUAUGCCCAGACCGAUGUGGUAACGCCUGCGUAUAGUAACAUGUCCGUUUUCGAGUGCAAGUACGAAUUGGAUUCACUCGCUGCCUUUUUGGAAGUUUCGUACGAUUACUACAGUGCGACUCAAGAUGUCGAAUUUUUCGGCAAGUAUUCGUGGGUCAGCGCAGUCGAAGCCGUUCUCAAAGUGGCCGAGGAGAUGAUGGUUCCAACAUACCACGACGACGGUGCCGUCCAGAACAUUAGCUACACUUGGACCAGACAGACAACGAGGUCCACAGAGACUACUGCCAACGACGGCUUUGGCAACCCUUUCAAUCGCACUGGGCUCAUUCGAAGCUUCUUCCGCCCAUCAGACGACACCACCAUCUAUCAAGGCUUCAUUCCAGCCAACAUGAUGUUUGCCCGCUUCUUGGGAGCGACUGCGCCCAUCAUGAAGGGGCUUGGAAACCAGGAUGCGCUCGCAGAGAAGAUGUCCACGAUGGCAUCCGACCUCAGAGCUGCAAUUACCAAACAUGGCAUUGUUCAGACCGCCGCGUUUGGUCCAGUCUACGCAUUCGAGGUGGAYGGAUACAUGGGACAGACCAUUAUGGAUGAUGCGAACAUCCCCAGCCUUCUGGCAGCGCCAUUCUUCGGAUACCUCGAUGUCAACGAUGAAGUCUACCAAAACACUCGCCGUCUGCUCCUGAGUCCAAGCAACCCUUACUACAUGCGUGGACCCGUCAUCAACGGCAUUGGAUCUCCUCACACGGAUCUCGGACACAGUUGGCCUAUGGCCAGUAUUGUUCGUAUCCUCACGAGCAGCGACGACGCGGAGAUCACGGAGCAAUUGCGGGAGAUUGUGAGCAGUACUGCUGGCCUAGGUCUGAUCCAUGAGAGCGUCAACACUUUUAACGAAAGCGACUGGACACGUCAGUGGUUCUCUUGGGCGAAUGGUUUGUUCGGCCAAGCMAUCCUCGAUCUUGACGACAGAAAGCCGGAAAUUCUGCAGACGAGCUUCCAGAACUGA